AUAUUGAUAGACCCAGCAGUGGUCUGGAGGGUUCACUCGACGCCUUCAAAGCACUGUGCGACAGCCCUGCAGGAGCACUGGGAAUGACUUUGAAACAGGACUACCUACGCGUAGACCGAAUAGUCCCUGACAACGGCACACCAGGAACAACGUGUGCGAUUGUGGGCACCACUCUGAACCGGUCAGUUGCCUACAUAGGCUUUGGCCAGUACAUGGUGGAGGCGAAGAUGAUCAAUCCCAACACUUUGCUGUGCGUCGCCCCCUACCACCCUCCUGGGUCGCUGGUACUGGUUGAUCUCUUCGACAAGCAUGGUGGCAACAAGACAGGAGGGAUGCCACUACACUUUCGGUACCACGACACAUCGCAACGCGGAUAGAGGGAGAGGUCAG